AUUGAAAAUCCAAGAUGGCUCGAAGAUAUGAUUCCAGAACUACCAUUUUUUCCCCUGAAGGGCGGUUGUAUCAAGUAGAAUAUGCUAUGGAAGCUAUUGGACAUGCAGGAACCUGUCUGGGGAUUCUGGCUAACGAUGGAGUUCUUCUAGCAGCUGAAAGAAGAAACACCAAUAAAUUAUUAGAUGAAGUCUCCUUCUCAGAGAAAAUUUACAAACUUUAUGAUGAUAUGGCUUGUAGUGUAGCAGGUAUAACAGCUGAUGCUAAUGUUUUAACUCACGAUCUAAGACUUAUAGCACAAAGUUUUGUCAUGAGUUAUCUUUAUCAAGAACCGAUACCCUGUGAACAAAUUGUCAGCUCUCUAUGUGAUAUCAAACAAGCUUAUACACAAUUUGGAGGUAAACGUCCGUUUGGUGUAUCUCUAUUGUAUAUGGGUUGGGAUAGACAUUAUGGUUUUCAGUUGUAUCAGAGUGAUCCUAGUGGAAAUUAUGGAGGUUGGAAAGCCACCUGUAUUGGUAAUAAUAGUGCUAAUGCUGUAUCAAUGUUAAAACAGGAGUAUAAGGAAGGGGAGACCAAUCUACAGGAGGCCCUGGCAUUAUCUAUUAAAGUUCUGAGUAAAACAUUGGACAUGACCAAACUGACCCCUGAUAAAGUUGAACUAGCGACAUUAACGAGAGAGAAUGGGAAGACUAAGAUUCGUGUUCUAGGAUUCCCUGAGGUUGAUAAACUCAUCACAGUAUAUAAUGAAGAACAGGCCAAGAUUGAGGCUGAGAAAAAGAAGGAAGCAGAAAAGAAAAAAGCAUCAUCGUAAAAUAAUUUGACGGCAUAUUGUUAAUUUAUCAUUUAUUGGUCAGACUUGAUCUUUGAAAAAAUGACUAACUUUGGAUCCAUGUGAGAAAAAAAUGAGGAUGUAAAAUUUUUAGAACUCAAGUUCUACACAAGACCUUAGUUGACGAUCUACACAAGACUUUUGUUGAUGAUCUUCACAAGACCUUUGUUGACGAUCUACACAAGACCUUUGUUGACGUUCUACACAAGACCUUUGUUGACGUUCUACACAAGACCUUUGUUGACGAUCUACACAAGACCUUUGUUGAUGAUCUACACAAGACCUUUGUUAACAUUCUACACAAGACCUUUGUUGAUGUUUUACACAAGGUCUUUGUCGAUGUUUUACACAAGACCUUUGUUGACCUUUUACAUUAGUUGAAAAAUUGAAUUAUUUGUAAAGUGAAAUAUGUGUAUUUUGAGUGCCAAACAUCAAUUUGACAUCCCUAAACUUUCUAUUGAACUCUUCCACUCAUGUAUACUUUCUAUCAAUAUGAUACUGUAUGAAGUAUGAUUUGAAAAGUUCAUUGUCAAAUUUAGGGGUGUUUUGCCAAGUUAAUCCAGUCUUUUGGGGAAAAAAAUCAUUCCAAAAUUAGAAUUCCUUUCUUUAAGCUUUGUUCCUAGGAUCAUUUUUCUCAGAUCAAGUUGACCAGCCAUCUCUCUGAGAAGUUCAUUUCAUUGUUUCUGUAUAAAAAAAAAAGGAAAAAUAUAAAAUAUAGAAC